AUGUUGCUCGGUCAGAAAUGGUGUCGUCAAGCAGCACUUGUCGUGGCUCCUCUGCUCGCGACGGCGACGCUUGCAACCACUUGGUCGGCGAUGGAGCUCUUCUCGGGAAGCCACUGCGCUGGAACGCCCAACUUGGUCAAAAUGACGAUGGAGGCCGACUCUUGCGCUGCUGGGGCCUGUACAGCACCCGGUCCAGGAAACGACACGCUCUUCGUGGCGUCGUCCUGCAACGUCACUGACCGGUUCGCGUAUGCCGAAGAGCGCUUCAGAGAGCUCAGCUACGUCGUGGUCGAAGAGUACGCUCGGGUCGGCUGCCAGCAAUUGGUCCAGACAACGGUCUAUCCGGCGUCAGGGACUUGUGCCAAGUCGUCGGCCGUCGCAGACACGUCCGACAUUGUCAGUCUCUUUGACAAUGGCACAGCGAACGUGCUGCUGUAUGAAGACAGCGAGUGCGGCAGUGAGCCUCUCUUGGAGUUCCACGUGAACCGGGAGGAGAUCGGCCGCAGCGACUGCGUUCAAGAGCGCUACAGGUUUUACACGGAACUCGCGUCCAGUCGGUUCGACCGAAGCCAACUGAGACGAGAGGGCUUGGAAACUGGGAUCACGUGGGGUACUGUUGCUGCUAUCGUAGCUGGAACACUCGCGUGUGUCGCCCUGAUCGCGCUCGCAACGAUUUGGUUUGUCCGUCCGCGCUGCAACAACGACAGCGACCACACUGGAGAUGAAAUGGCAGUUCUUGCUUUGCGGUAUAGCGGCUGCCCGACACCCAAACGAGCUCUGGACACCACCGUGCUGGGCUCGGAAUCCGCCUGGUCAGAGGAACGUGUGACAAGUAGCAGACAUACGCGACACAGCUCGAGUCGAGGAAGUGGGUUAUGGAGCGACGAGAUCAUCGUCACUGCGCGUGUGUCCCGCGAUAAAGUUAUCGUGCAGGACCUGAUCAGUCGAGGAGGGUAUGGCGAAGUGUACAAGGGGCUGUACAACGAGGAGAUUGUCGCGGUCAAGAUGUUGCUGCCCGAGAUGCGCAAGAGCAUCAGCCACGUGAACGCGUUCCUGGACGAGUCCAAGUUGAUGGCCAUGUUGAACCACGAGCGCAUAGUAAAGUUCGUCGGUGUCGCGUGGGACUCGCUCACGGAUCUCUGCAUGCUGUCCGAGUACAUGAAAGGCGGCGACUUGCGGACGCUGCUCGAAGGGUGCGAAGAUCGCAGGAGCCCCGUUGGCUUUGACCGCAACAAGGUCAAGAUUGCUCUCCACGUCGCUCAUGCUCUAACGUAUCUCCACUCGUUGUCGCCGCCCGUGCUCCACCGGGACCUCAAGUCGAGGAACAUUUUGCUGACGUCGAAGUUGGACGCGAAGCUCACCGACUUUGGCGUUUCUCGCGAGCAGUCUGACUUUGGCAUGACGGGAGGUGUCGGCUCGUCCCGGUGGAUGGCGCCGGAAGUUAUGAUGGGGGAACAGUACGACGACAAAGUCGACAUGUUCUCGUUCGGUGUGGUGCUGGCUGAACUCGAUCAGCACGUGCUGCCGUACGCCAAUGUCAAGGAUCGCAGCAACUCCGAACAGUCGAUGCCUGACCCAGCCAUUCUGCAGCUUGUGGCGGCAGGGCGACUUCAAAUUGAGUUCUCUGCGGCAACCCCAGCGGCUAUCAAGCAAUUGGGUCUUGCCUGCGUGUCUGUCCACCCACAAGAUCGACCUACCGCAGCGAGCGUGCUGCACCAGCUGCACACAGCCUUAGCUAGCGGACUGUUUGACACGCAUUAG